CCCCUUUCUGGGGAAAUGUCUUGAACGCAUCAAAUGUUGAAACGGUUCAAGCGAAACAGGGAGGAGCUGGUGGUUAUUAUCGUGGAUGUGAACACAUAUUUAUGCACUUUGGUUUGAGUUGAGGCUGGCCGUAGCUGAGCAGGAUGAUUGAUGUGCGAGGAUGGGCAGAGUACGUUGUGGAGUGGGCUGCCAAAGACCCCUACGGUUUCCUCACCACCGUCAUAUUGGCUCUGACGCCUCUGUUCAUCGCCAGCGCGCUGCUGUCCUGGAAACUGGCCAAGAUGAUUGAGGCACGUGACCGCGAACAAAAGAGAAAGCAGAAGCGCCAGGAAAACAUAAACAAGGCCAAGAGGAAGAAAGAGUGAAGCUGCCGGAGGAACGGGGGUCGCGAUGGGGGGAUGAAGGAACCGAGCGAGCGAACUCGUCCCAGCCCUACUGUCAACACCGGGCCUCUAUGCCUCUUGUCCAAGAGGAAGGACGCUGGCCCCUUGGACUUGACAGUGGACAGUGCUGUCCCUGUGGGACUCUCCUCUGGUCAGCAGGAGCCCGGUGGUCCUCUGGUUCACUUUUUCUAUAGAGAUCUCUGGUUUGAUCUGUGCAGCAGCUAAAACGUUGCAUUCCAUAUUAACAUCCCUGGUCUCCUGAAUUAACCUGAUAAUAAUAAUAAUAAUGAUGAUGAUGAUGACAAUUAUGGGAAGAUGCCUUGUAUCAGUGACUUGCUAUCAAAACUCAAACUUUCUGAUGAAUAAAAUGUUCAUGAUUAAUAGAAUUAAAUGCCUUUAAUAAUUGAUUAUUUUGAUCCUGUACAUCACAGAUAUGAAUGAAGAUAUACUUUGAAAAAUAUUUCUAAAUAAAUCCAGGUGGAGAUAAAAUCGAGUGGAGCUUCCUGUAUGUGUUUGAUGACAAAGAUAAUUUUAUUUCCGACUUUUUAAGGUUCUUAUACUGGGAUUGCGUUAACUGCCCUGACCACUCUAACUUGAUUUUUUUUUUAAGGGAGAAUAUAAAAAGAAAACCGUUUUGUAUCAAAGGCUAAUGAAUGAAUUAACAGAUUAUCCCCAUUUCUGCAUCAAAAUAAAUAUCUUUAACCUUUAUCUGAAUAUCAAACUAAAAAGGUUUUUACUUAAAAGCUGUGUAAGGGUUUGACAGAAAACGAUGGUAAUUUUUAGCUUUGAUAUAUGAAUAAGGAAAGAGCAUACAUUUUGUGUUUAACUUGUGGAACGGCAAUUAACAGAAAAGAUUUUGAUCUCUGAUUUUUGAUCUGAUUGUGUUCUGCUGGUGACUCAGUACGGCUGUUUUUGGUAAUAAAGCCUGAGUGGCAAAUAUUUGUAUGACAACAGCUUUUGUGUCUAAAGUGUAAACGAGAAGACAUCUUGAAGAUUGAAUUUGAAAAAAUUUGAAAGUUAAAUGUACUUAAUUUUAACCCAUCAUAUCUUGAUACAAGCAAUUAUUAAAACAUUGAGGUUUUUAUAAA